ACAUAAAGUAAGUUGAUAAUUUUUACUGGGAGAUAAUGUAACAACCCGAGCCUUGAUUUUGAGAUUUUACGCUUAAUUUAAUGUUUGGAAGCUUGGUUCUAAGUCACAAUUGAUACUUGAAACUUGUUUGAGGGGUAGAGGUGAACUUUAGGUUCAAAACCCUCUGAUGUGUCGCACCAGAUCCUUUUCUUUUUUCGGUGCAGUUCGCAAUCUUGGGGGACCUGGGGUCGCGAUUGAUCCAAAGGGACUUUGAACGCUUCGCGAUCUCGAUGAGGGCCUGGCUGGACUGCUCUUCGUGAUCGCAUAGAAGGACCAUCGGUAAUAGAUAAUUGAAUAGAUCGGGAGUUUUAGUUAUUUCAACAUUUUUGGGCAUUUGAGUCGCAAUUGCUGGACGGUUUAAGGAAACCUUUUUGUGCGUGGAACAACUUUUCCUGCUUGGACCAAACAGUAUCCAGUUCUUCUGCAAAGGACCUGGUUCUCCUCAGUGUUUAUGCAAUACUGUUGCCAGCAUUAUCAGUUCCUUUAGGAGAUCUGUUAAGGGUAUUGUUAUAAAAUAUUAUAACUAUUUGACUGUCAAUUUAAUUAUUAUUAUAUAUUAACUUCAGACUAUUGUAAAAAAAAAAAAAAAAAAAAAAUUGAUUCGGCCUAUCUGAUUAGGAGUAAAUAGUAUAUUAUUACUGGAGCUGACACCCGCACAAAUUAGGCGGUAAGCAACCGCCCGCAUAGUAUCCUAAUCCCAAUCAAAGAUGGAUUAUGAUUCCAAACCAAUCCUAUAAAAGCUUUCCUACUACCAAAACCUCAGAUUUCUCGAAGCACAUAGCAAAAACAUCAAUGGCCUAUGAUUCAGAAUCAUUGCCUGUUCUCCCCGAAGAAAUAAUAUUUGAAAUACUGUUAAGGCUACCCGUGAAAUCGUUGUUGAGGAUGAAGUGUGUUUCUAAAUCUCUGCUUUCUCUCAUCUCAACUCCUCAAUUCGUCAAAACUCAUCUAAAUCUUUCAGCCAACAAUCCACAACACCACAUUCUUCUUUAUAUCACGUAUAGGAAUAAGUUUCACACUUGCUCUCUUAACGCAAUUAUGCAGGAUAAAUCUCCCUUUAUCCCUAUUGACCGUGAUGGUUUUUUUCCUUAUAGCGAAGAGUCAGAUUGUCUCUUCUUUAUUUUGGGUUCUGUUAAUGGGUUGUUAUGUAUUUCUAAUGGCAUUCAUUACUUUAUAUGGAAUCCAUCUACAAGAGAAUUGAAAAAAUUGCCCCUUACAUGGAGUGAUGUUAAAUUGGAUGGUUCUUGUGGUUUUGGUUAUAAUGACAGUCAAGAUGAUUACAGAAUUGUAGUAGUUGCGAGAAACAAAGAUGGUUCUUUGAAUGAGGUUCGCUUUUAUAGUCUAACAAGUAACUCUUGGCAAAAGAUUUUAGAGUUCCCAGGUGCUAAAUUAAGUGACUAUAUUGGUAAACUUGUACAGAGAAGACUUCAUUGGAUUGCCGAGAGUGGUAGAGACAACUCCAAGUUUAUUUUAUCAAUAGACCUCGUAAAUGAGACAUAUCGAAAUAUAGCAUUGCCCAAUUAUAAGUCUCACUGCACACUAGAGUGUUUGGGAGGCAACCUGUGUGUAUACUAUGACCGACGUCAUGAUAACCGAAUGGAUGUCUAGGUGAUGAAGGAGCAUGGAGGUGUGGAGUCAUGGAUUAUGCUGGUUUCUGUCCCGGGCCCUCUUAGUCUUUUGCCACUAUUCGUCUUCCAAAAUGAUGAAAUUUUACUCGAACUGGAUUCAAGUUUACAGUUGUAUAAUUCGACACAUGACAUUUUAAAGCCUCUUAAGAUUCAAAUCCAUUUUGGUCCUAGACGUCGAUAUGAUACGUACAUUGAAAGCCUCGUUUCGCCAAAAUUAGUAAUGGAAUCUAAAGAGUUGAGGAUCAACGAGUGAAGGACGACAUUUUGUGGUAUGAUCUUCCUUUUGUUGUCUUGUGCGUAAUGAUGAACUAACAAAAUGAUUAUGGAGACUUAGCAAAGAGAACAAAAGUGUAUCAUGAAGUAAUCAAUGGAAAAUCUGGAUUGCAGGCAGGCAACUGGACAUGUGGAUUUUAGCAUGGAGGAACAUGAUUAUUAUCAUCGCAAGUAUGUUCAUUCAAAAUCAUUAUUUCCAACCAUCCGUGGCUCGAUGAUUCAAAUACAGUGCAGUGGCUUAACACCAUUGAAAUUGCUGUGAAACUGUCAUAGCUUCUUCUACUGUUCUUUUGUUUUUUUGUUUAGGUUGCAUUAUUCUUUGUUGGCUUCUGCUCCACAAAACUUGGAAUACUGCUGCAUAUUAUGUAUUGUUAUGAAGGAAAGAAAUUAAAGGCUUGAUCAGUGAAGGAAUUGAGUCAGAGUAGAUUUCUCUUUUGAUCCGGGGAUUGAUGUGGAAAGCUAAAUAUUUCCUAGUAUUUUUUUCUAUUUCACUUUUUGUUUGAGAUGAAACCCCUUGUCAGCAUGUUUACUGAAGAAGGGAUUUUUUUAUUAUACAUGGAUUAUUUUCCCUUAAACAGUGAAAUUGUUCACCACAAAAAAA